AUGGCGGAAAAGGCCACCAGCGGUGUUGACUACACCACCCACGACGAGAAGAACCUCAGCAACAGUCCACCCGAGUAUGUCGACGCCACAGAGCCGACUGGCCGCCGUCGCUCCUCCGUAGCCCUCAACAUCGUCGAGAACCCGCUCAAGCGCGUCUCACCCGCACAGAACGUCGAGGAUGCCCGCAACUUCGCCGAGGCCAAUGGCAUGUCCGAAUACGCCGACCUCUUUGGACGUGCUGCGCUCGUUGCACGUGAGCCCAUUGAGAACUUCGCAAGUGUGGAGGGUUUGCCAGAAGACGAGUACGCCGCGCUCGGUUAUGAGAAGGAUCACAAGUGGCAUGGCCCAGUCAUGCUGUGGUACUCGAUCAGCCUCUGUGCCAUUGGAGCUGCCACCCAAGGUUGGGAUCAGACUGGAGCCAACGGCGCCAACCUGUCUUUCCCCAUAGAGUUCGGUCUCCAGGACGCGGUAACGGGCGAGUCUUCCUCCCACGACGCUUGGAUUAUUGGCUUGAUCAACUCCAUCAUCUUCUUGACCGCUGGUCUCAUCGGCGCCUUCAUCGUCGACCCUCUCAACCACUACCUCGGCCGACGUGGCGAGAUCUUCGUCACUGCGCUCUGUCUUACUGCUACGCCCAUCGGAUCUGGUUUUGCAAAGUCAUGGCAGGGACUCUUCGCCGCUCGCUUCAUCAUGGGAAUUGGUAUCGGUGCGAAGAACGCCACUGUACCCAUCUACUCUGCUGAGAUGGCCCCUGCCCGAGUUCGAGGAGCACUCGUCAUGUUCUGGCAGCUCUGGGUCGUGGCUGGUAUCUUCCUCGGUUUCUGCGCCAAUGUCAUCGUCAAGGACACCGGCCGCAUCGCCUGGCGUCUACAGUUGGGCUCUGCGUUCAUUCCAUCUUUUCUCCUCGGCAUCGGCAUCUUCUUCUGCCCUGAGAGUCCUCGUUGGUUGAUGAAGAAGGGCAAGAUGAGCCAAGCCUUCAACUCCAUGAGACGCCUCCGCGCUCACCCCAUCAUUGCUGCGAGAGACUUCUACUACUCGUAUGUCAUCUACCAGGAGGAGUUGCGCGAGGCUCGCGGUGCCGGCUACUUCGCCCGUCUGUGGGAUUGCUUCGCGGUGCCCAGAAUCCGACGAGCCAACUACGGUGCUUCGACUGUCAUGCUUGCUCAACAGAUGUGUGGUAUCAACAUCAUCUCGUUCUACAGCUCAUCCAUCUUCGAACAAGCCGGAUAUACUCCUACCGAAGCCCUGUACGCAUCUCUUGGUUACGGCGCGGUCCAGGUCGUCUUCACCAUUCCGACCCUGUUCCUCAUCGAUACCAAGGGCAGACGUACUCUCACGCUGGCUACAUUCCCCCUGAUGUGUAUCUUCCUCUUGGCUGCUGGUCUCUCCCUGCUGAAUAAGACGCACAACCGCGCUGCGGCCAUCGGUCCUGUCGUGCUCUUCAUCUACCUCUUCACCAUCUUCUACUCGCUUGGUGAGGGUCCAGUUGCUUUCCAGUACUCAGCUGAGGUCUUCCCCACGAUCCAACGUGAGCAAGGCAUGGCCUGGGCCGUCUGCAUCAACAACACCUUCGCCGGUGUCCUCGGUCUCACCUUCCCCCGCAUGGUCCAAGUCAUGACGCAAACCGGCGCCUUCGGUUUCUACGCCGGCCUCAACCUGAUCGCCUGGGGCAUGAUCUUCUGCUUCGUGCGCGAGACAAAGCAGCUCACGCUCGAGGAAAUCGACCAAGUCUUCUCGGUGCCAACCCGCCAAUUCAUCGGCUACGAGUUCCGCACCUGGCUGCCGUACUUCAUCAAGCACCACAUUUUCCGCCAGAACAUCCAGAAGCCGCCGCCGAUCAUCGAGCGUGCCGAUAAGGGCUUCGUUCAUACCGAGUGA